CUUCGGCCGGGGACUUUGGGAGAGCUGCGGCCGAGGAGAACCGCGGGACCUGGCAAGGGUUGUCUGAAGAUCUCAGGGUCUCCACCCAGUUGUGCUUCCCUCGGGAGGGAGGGAGAAUCGGGCCGGACGGAUCAGCGCGUACCCCGGAGCCGGUCUCUUAGUGAAUUGUGAGCACUUUGGGGCCUCUGAGCCAUGCCGGCGACAUGGCUGGAGAACACCGAGGGAGAGGAUUUGGACGUGGAAGAUUUCAAAGCUGGAAAAGAGGAAGAAGUGGUGGAAACUUCUCAGGAAAGUGGAGAGAAAGGCAACACAGACCUGACUUGAAUAAAGCCGCUGGAAAGCAGACUUCUCAGCAAAAUUCACAAUCUUUGCUACGGCAGUCAACAUUGGAUCAAUUCAUACCAUACAAAGGCUGGAAACUUUAUUUCUCUGAAGUUUACAGUGGUAGCUCUCCUUUCAUUGAGAAGAUUCAAGCAUUUGAAAAAUUUUUCACAAGGCACAUUGAUCUAUAUGAUAAGGAUGAAAUAGAAAGAAAAGGAAGUAUUUUGGUGGAUUUUAAAGAACUGACAGAAGAUGAUGAAAUAACUAACUUAAUACCAAAUAUAGCAACUGAACUAAGGGAUGCACCUGAGAAAACCUUGGCUUGUAUGGGUCUGGCAAUACAUCAGGUAUUAACUAAGGACCUAGAAGGGCACGCAGCUGAAUUAAAAGCCCAGGAAGGACUGCCUAGUGAUAGAGAAACAAUGGUAAAUGUACCGCACGUUCAUGCAAGAGUUUACAACUAUGAGCCCUUGACACAGCUCAAGAACGUCCGAGCAAAUUACUAUGGGAAGUACAUUGCUCUGAGAGGGACAGUGGUUCGUGUGAGCAACAUAAAGCCUCUGUGCACCAAGAUGGCUUUUCGUUGUGCUGCCUGUGGAGAAAUUCAGAGUCUUCCUCUUCCAGAUGGAAAAUACAGUCUUCCCACAAAGUGUCCUGUGCCUGCGUGUCGAGGGAAGUCGUUUACUGCUGUCCGCAACUCUCCUCUCACAGUUACAAUGGACUGGCAGUCGAUCAAAAUUCAGGAGCUGAUGUCUGAUGAUCAGCGGGAAGCCGGUCGGAUUCCACGAACGAUAGAAUGUGAACUUGUUCAUGACCUCGUGGAUAGCUGUGUCCCGGGAGACACAGUGACUGUUACUGGAGUUGUCAAAGUCUCAAAUGCUGAAGAAGGUUCUCGAAAUAAGAAUGACAAAUGCAUGUUCCUUUUGUACAUUGAAGCAAAUUCUGUUAGCAAUAGCAAAGGACAGAAAACAGAGACUUCUGAGGAUGGUUGUAAGCAUGGAACAUUGAUGGAGUUCUCACUUAAAGAACUUUAUGCCAUCCAAGAGAUUCAAGCUGAAGAAAACCUGUUUAAACUCAUUGUCAACUCACUUUGUCCUGUCAUUUUUGGCCAUGAAAUUGUUAAAGCAGGUUUGGCAUUAGCGCUUUUUGGAGGAAGCCAAAAAUAUGCAGAUGACAAAAACAGAAUUCCAAUUCGAGGAGAUCCACAUGUCCUUGUUGUUGGAGAUCCAGGUUUGGGAAAGAGUCAGAUGCUGCAGGCAGUAUGCAACGUUGCUCCACGUGGCGUGUAUGUUUGUGGUAAUACCACAACCACCUCUGGUCUCACUGUAACUCUUUCAAAAGACAGUUCCUCUGGAGAUUUUGCUUUGGAAGCUGGUGCUCUGGUACUUGGUGAUCAAGGUAUUUGUGGAAUAGAUGAAUUUGAUAAGAUGGGGAAUCAACAUCAAGCCUUGUUAGAAGCCAUGGAGCAGCAAAGCAUUAGCCUUGCCAAGGCCGGUGUGGUUUGUAGCCUCCCUGCAAGAACUUCCAUUGUUGCUGCUGCAAAUCCAGUAGGAGGACACUACAAUAAAGCCAAGACAGUUUCUGAGAACCUGAAAAUGGGGAGUGCCCUAUUGUCCAGAUUUGACUUGGUCUUUAUCCUGUUAGACACUCCAAAUGAGCAUCAUGAUCACUUGCUCUCUGAACAUGUGAUUGCAAUAAGAGCUGGAAAGCAGAAAACUGUUAGCAGUGCCACAGUAGCUCGUAUGAACAGUCAAGAUUCAAACACUUCUGUCCUUGAAGUCAUUCCUGAGAAACCAUUAUCAGAAAGACUAAAGGUGUUUCCUGGAGAAGCAAUUGAUCCUAUUCCCCACCAGCUACUAAGAAAGUAUGUUGGCUACGCACGGCAGUAUGUGCACCCAAGGCUAUCCACAGAAGCUGCUCAAGUUCUUCAGGAUUUUUACCUUGAGCUCCGGAAACAGAGCCAGCGGUUAAACAGCUCACCAAUCACUACCAGGCAGCUAGAGUCUUUGAUUCGUCUAACAGAGGCACGAGCAAGGCUGGAAUUGAGAGAGGAAGCGACCAAAGAAGAUGCUGAGGAUAUAGUUGAGAUUAUGAAAUACAGCAUGCUAGGAACUUACUCCGAUGAAUUUGGGAAUCUAGAUUUUGAGCGAUCUCAGCAUGGUUCUGGAAUGAGCAACAGAUCAGUAGCAAAAAGAUUUAUUUCUGCUCUCAACAGUAUUGCUGAAAGAACUUACAAUAAUUUAUUUCAAUUUUAUCAACUCCGGCAGAUUGCCAAAGAGCUAAACAUUCAGGUUGCUGAUUUUGAAAACUUUAUUGGGUCACUAAAUGACCAGGGUUAUCUUUUGAAAAAGGGCCCAAAGGUUUACCAGCUUCAAACUACGUAAAAGAACUUUAUAGUCAGGGUCUCCUGGGUUCAAUUCUAGUUUAAAGCCAUCUCAAUAAUGAAUAAUAUGCAAAAAAAAAUUCUAUUUAUCAACAUAUCUGUGUCUGUAUCUCUAUAUAUAUACUGUUCUGUAAAAUGUUCUAACAGGAAAAAGAUGUUAGAUAUAGUCAGCUAAUUUAAGAAGUAACUGUCAUAUAUUAAUGUUUUA